AUGUCUUCCUCCAUGCUGCUUGCUGAUCUCCGGGCCCAAGAUAAUGGACCUGUCUCUGUCUCCUUCCAUGAUUUUGAGUGUUGCACUCGUGAGAAGAACUCUGAAAUUGAGGGCUUCUACAUGCGUCAUGGUGUGCUUCCCGAAAACGAGCAGGCUCGUGUUGGGUGUGACUUACCCAAGCACGACCAGAAAGCUAUGGUCAAGGGCCACAAGAUGGCAGUCAAGGCUGCCAAGCUGUUAAACAGCGGAGAGGGCUCUGAUAUGAAUCUGAAAAUUACCGACACGGCACUAGUUGGUGGACCCCCCUGUGAGGGUCAUGCCCGAAUCCUGGAGGGCAUCACUAGCUUCCAAAAGACCCAAUUCCGUCACGACCCCUUUACUUCGUACCACUACCUUCAUUUUGCUGGAGAGGGUCAGCCUUUCCACGACAGGCUGUUCAACAACAAGAACGAGGCAAUGUUCGAUCGUGUCUACAUCCAAUCUGGAAUGUGUCUCUUCUCCAUGCCCAUCAUUCAAGCAAGUCUAGACAACGAAGGCCGAGUCGAUUGCACCAAGCUUUAUUAUCCAAAACCAACCUUCUAUGAAGCCGAUUAUAUUGCCCGCACCUGCCAGGUUCUCGCUGACUUCACUGCCAUGGCUCUCAAAAGUAUUGAGCAAGCCAAGGAGCGCGACCCAUAUUUUGAAGACAUUCCAGUGCACAUCGGCUUGGAUGUGCCCAACUUCCACUACUUUCAGUCUGUCGACUCGAAGUUGCGGGACGAGACUUGCACUAUCGCGGAAGCUCUGCAGUGGAUGCAGGCAGUCGAGCAACGGAGUGACCAGAUUUCUGAAGUAUUCCAGGGGUAUCUCCAUGUCGAGCUGCUGAAGCGAAACGUGAAUCCAUCUAACAUCACCAUCGAGGUAUCACGGCGGGGCCAUUUUGUGGCAAACUUCAUCAGACAGGCACUGAAACAGUCUGAAAUGCCCUCCCUAGAAGUCCUACUGGAGAGCCUGGGAACCGAGGACAAAGUCUGGAAUGACUUCUACAACAUUCUUUCUCCAAAGGAGCGUCCCCAGGACUUCCGCGAUCUUGGCUACCUGUUCUACGUGUACGAAAUCAUCCGACCUUCUCUGGUUGACAACAUGCGAACCGGCGCCGGCAAACCUAAGAAUGGAAGACUGAUUCUCGGGAUUGACGAUGGGACAGAGCGGCGGAUCUACUCAAGAUCCCAGAAACUGCUGAAGAAGGUUCGCAACUUGCCUGGUGUGGAACGGCCGUCUGCUUUGAUGGAGGUUUACAUGAGCCGGCGGGUUUUCAUCAAUAGCAACAAGGCUGGAUCAAACUUAUACUUGGAUGACCCUACCCCUGCGAAGCCGGUCAUGGCAAUGUGUAAGAGAGAUGACACACCUCCCUCGUCUCCGGUGUCAGUUGUUGAAUUUGGACCUUUUGAUCUUACGAGAACCCUGUAUGGUGAGGAGACUACGAUGGGGUUGAGAGCGCUGUUUGCCGAUGUUGGUUUGAAUUAG